AUGUCAUCGUCAACUGAUGAUCUUAAUAAGAAACGUACUGAAGACAAUAUAUCCUAUAGACCAGGAACCUUUCGUUAUCACGAUGUACCACCAAAUGAACGGAGAAAACUAUUUGACGAUCGACAAAAUGAACUCAAUCCGUGUCUCAAAGAAUCAGAAAUUUCAAAUGCUUGUUUAAUGAUGAGUGGUGAUGAUUACAGUAGAUGCCACGCUCAAGUGGAAAAUUAUAAAACAUGCAAGCGCUUUUGGACAGCUGUAAGAAAUUUUGCUACAGUCAAUCAUUUAUUGAGAAAUGAUGGAUUUCCACCAUUAUAUGAACGACCUAUUUGGAAGAAACAACUUCAUACUUGGAUUCAAACAAAGAAACUAACCAUACCUGAAGAACUCAAACCUUUAAUAUAA